GCAGCAUAUCGCACACCGAGCCGAUGCCCUUCGCAGAGAAACAAUAGUGUUGACUGCGUCCGCGAUACGAGGAAUCCAUCAAAGAGCCUCGAACGAAAACCGCGUAUCGAGCCGACGUAACCUCGAAAAAGAUCAAUCUCUGCUAUUCGCUUCGACCCAUUGGCUCGAAACGUACAUCUGUGCCGGAUUCCAUGGUUUCACCCCUCGCGCGACGAACGUAUAAACCCAACCGAGAGAUGUUUUCUCGCGAGAUCGUCGGCCAAACUGUUUCAAUUGCGUUAUACUUGUAGUUUAUUUCAAGGAAUAAUCUUUUAUAGAAGAUCCUUGUUGAUCAAGCGGUUCUUUUACGUGUUGCUAGAAACGGUCGGUGAUAGUGCAUCCGUCGGUUGUCAUGAUGUUCUCGUGGUCGUGGAAAGUGCGAGAAAAGUGAGAAGUAGUGUGCUUAAACCCUAUCAAGUGCAUCGCGUACACACAUUUACGUACACACGACACAAGCGAAGGGAUGACGAUGCUACUAUCAGGAGGGAACCGAAUACAGCUUCCUUGAUCCACGAAUAUUCGCCGAGAAGCACCCUCGUUCUUGGUCCAGCUUAAACGCCGGAUACAAGGUGCCAAAACAAUUGAGCUAUUCUAUCGACGGAUUCUGUGAUUAAUUAACGAUUCUAUGAUCCAUCACACACUGGAUGCAUUACGUAAUUUGGCGCAGUGAUAUGUUAACCGAGGACAAUGAUCCGACGAAACCAGCAGGCGUUUUAGACAAUGCUGGCAACGUGUCUUCGUCGACAGAGGCCUCGGUACAGCACCCUCGAGCCGCAAACAAUGAAACGGAAGUCAAGAACGAGGUGCAAGAUUGUCCCGAAAACGACAGCGUGCCCAGCGGGGAAUUAUACAUCGACGAGAAUGCCGAGGAAAAGGAACAAGAAUAUCCGGAUUCUAUGGAAAAGGCGGACUACAGUUCGUUGUACGGAGCCAAUCAAUAUUAUAACAGUCUGUACAACUCACCUCCCUACGGGACAACCACAGCCGGGAAAAACACCUCGGGCUUGCAAAGUUCUUAUCUGACCUCAUACACGACGCCCAGCUCCAUGUCUCAAUAUUCAUCUUACGCUACAUACAACAGCGGCACCACGAAUUUCCCCAACGUGGCUCAAAAUAUAUCACCGUCUUCACAGAAGCUAGAUUACAGCGCCUACAGUAGCAGUUUGUAUGGAAAUGACAGGGUACCAUUACAGUAUUCCGGAUAUUACCCCAUGCAUGGUUACCAUACGACACCCGCUUCGUUUAACAUUGGAAACCUAAAUUUUGCUGAUUCGACAAAGUCUGCGCUCACGUUGGACGCAACAACUCACGAUGCCAGCGAUCUUACCGCACGAGAAACCGCAAACAUCGAAGGUAACACGAUUCGAGCGACAGCGAAACCUUGCAGACGCGGAAGACGCCAGAGCGGAAGUGGAAACAGUAUAGGUUCUGCGGAUACGACAGAAGCCGGUCCUGACCGGAUAUUCAUCUGGGACCUGGACGAAACCAUAGUUGUAUUUCACUCCUUGUUAACUGGGCAAUUUGCAACGAAGCACCGUAAGGAUCCGGUUCUUUUGGGCCAAGUGGCGUACAGGAUGGAAGAAAUGAUAUUCAAUUUGGCUGAUACUCACUUCUUUUUCAACGACGUCGAGGAUUGUGACCAAGUACACAUCGAUGAUGUAUCAUCAGAUGAUAAUGGGCAAGACCUGUCUUCUUACAAUUUUGCUAACGAUGGUUUCCAAUGCGCGUCUGCGAACAACGGUAUAUGUUUGGCUUCCGGUGUUAGAGGUGGAGUCGAUUGGAUGCGAAAAUUAGCCUUUCGCUAUCGAAAAAUUAAAGAGAUCUAUAAUAAUUAUCGAAACAAUGUCGGCGGUUUAUUGGGUGCUGCAAAACAAGAACAAUGGUUACAACUACGUUCUGAGAUUGAAGUGCUCACCGAUAACUGGUUAACGUCAGCUGUAAAAUGUUUAAGUCUCAUAAAUAAAAGAAGUGACUGCAUUAACAUUCUGGUUACUACCACGCAAUUAGUACCGGCUUUAUCUAAAGUACUGCUUUUUGGGAUUGGCGGAAUAUUUCCAAUCGAAAAUAUUUAUUCGGCCUCGAAAAUCGGAAAAGAAAGCUGCUUUGGAAGAGUAGUUGCGCGAUUUGGUCGAAGAUGCACAUAUGUGGUAAUAGGUGAUGACUCUGAUGAAGAAACGGCAGCACGUGCCCAUAAUUUCCCAUUUUGGAGAAUAAACAGUCACUCGGACACACAGUCGUUAUACAACGCCUUAGAAAUGGGAUUUCUUUAAGCAGAGGUUACGUUUAUAAAGCGAAUAGGUUUACGGGGGGAAGGAAAAUUUGGGAAAGUAUGUCCUAAAGGAGAAACAUCUUACAAUUAGUCAUAACGGGGGCUUAUACAAGAUAUUUCUAUAUUCUUUACAAUCGAUAAUGAGAGUAUAAAAAAAGACGCUUUUAUCGAGUGAACCUUUUAAACAUUCCUAUUAUUUAUCGAUCGUAAUAUGUAAAUUGAGGAUCGGCUGUUCCUCUAAGAUCGCCAUACACGAUCAUCGAUCGUAAUCUAUUUGUCGAUCGUCAAAUGUGAUCGAUCGGAGCAGGGUCCACAGGUGAUAUACAAUGAAAGUAAAAGAAAGUAAUGAGACAAAAGUGAAAAUUAAAGAGUUAUAUAUAAUA